CCUAUCUGGGAAUUGAUAGAGGGAGCAAUCGAAUCAAUCGGAGCACUGUGUGGCCAUGGCAGCAGUACUGAGCUACUGCAAGCCUUCGCCAUUUCUCGGCAAAUUUACUCCUCUCUCUGCCUUUUCACCUCUGUAGUAUUAUCAAGUUGCUUCAUGCUGCACUCUGCAAGCAUCAUCUACCAAGAUUGAAAUUGAUCAGAUCAUUGAUGUGUACCUUGGAAAACCAUCAUCCCAGCAAAGUGUUAGUAGUUCAUAUCAGAUGUGCAAAAUCAGUGCACUCUUUUGGGGAUCAAAGAAGUCUGUGGAGCCAAGAUUAUCAAACUUUCCACAACAGGAUUUCAUUCUAACAGGGUCAGGCUCAGAGGGAGGCUCAGCAAACCAAGUGGUACCUAAAAAGAUAUCAGUUUCAGUGAUUUCUUCUAUCUCCAAGGUCUCACCAGUUGAAUGGGAUGCAUGCAAUCUGGAUUCUACUGGCCCUGAAAAACUUAAUCCAUUUCUUACCCAUGGUUUUCUUUCGAGCUUAGAAGAGUCAGGUUGUUCUGUGAAGGAAACAGGAUGGAUGCCUAGCCACAUUGUUGCCAAGGAUGAAAUUGAAAAUAUUUUAGGUGUUGUUCCACUCUAUCUUAAAAGCCACUCAUAUGGUGAAUUUGUUUUUGAUCAUUCAUGGGCUGAUGCCUACUAUGGUUUUGGGUCUCGAUAUUAUCCAAAGUUCCAAUGCUGUGUGCCUUUCACUCCAGUUACUGGUCCAAGGAUAUUAGUCCGUGAUACCUCAAUCAGAGAUCAAGUUUUUGAUGUUUUAGUUUCUGCCCUAAAGGAUAUGACGGUCAAGUCCGAGGUCUCAUCACUGCACAUUACCUUCCCUUCAGAAGGAGAGUGGCACAAACUGAAGGAAAAAGGAUUUCUGCAGAGGAUUGGAAUGCAGUACCACUGGAAAAAUCGUAAUUAUAAAGAUUUUGAUGAGUUCUUGAUGGAUAUGAAGCAAAGUAAAAGGAAAAAUAUUCGUCAAGAACGCAAAAAGAUUUCAGUGCAAAACUUGACUAUGAAACGGCUUCGGGGUUAUGAAAUAAAGGCUCGGCAUUGGGAUUCCUUCUAUAACUUCUACCGGAACACCACUGAUAACAAGUGGGGCAGUCCUUAUCUAACAAAGGAUUUCUUUCAUAUCAUGGGAUCAAAGAUGGGAGAUCAGGUGUUACUUGUUGUUGCUGAAGAAGGGGAUGAAUUUGUUGCAGGAGCUCUUAAUCUUAUCGGUGGAGAUACCCUGUUUGGGCGUCUGUGGGGAUGUCACCCAAGAGCCUAUUAUCCUAGUUUGCACUUUGAAGCAUGCUAUUACCAGGCUAUAGAAGCAGCUAUUGAACUUAAUCUGAGCACAGUUGAAGCAGGAGCUCAGGGUGAACAUAAAAUUCAGCGUGGUUAUCUUCCUGUGACAACUUACAGCUGCCAUUACCUUGUUGAUGAUGCUUUCAGGAAAGCUAUAGAGGAAUUUCUAGCGCGAGAAUCAUCUCAGGUCAAUCUUGUAAUGAAGCUAAUACGUGAUUCUGGUCCCUUUAAGGAGGGGAUACACUAGACGAGCAAUGGUGUAGACGUAAAUAAAAUUAGUAGUUGGUCUUUGUGAUCAUUCUGUAAAUUUAUACUUCCAAGAAUUUGUAUAUAUAUAUAUAGAAGUAGAACAGCACUUUUUGUACA